GCAUCCUCUCCAUCCUUCAGGUCUGGAAGCUCGUGCAAAGAUGCUCAGCGGCUCCGCACGCGCACCUCGCCUCUCUCAGGGUGAAACCGCGUAAAAAUCCAGAAGGGCAGAAGGGCAGGAAACGGUUCGGGUUCGUGCAGGUUCGACUCCCAGUUUGUGCGCGCGCAAGAUGGAGCUGAAGAAAUCCAUCUCGGACACGGAGAGCGCGCUCAGGAGCUACGGUGCCGUGUCUGAAACCGCGUGGACGACGGACAAAGGUCACUCGGACGUGUCCAUGGCAGAAAGCACCAUGUCUCCAGAGGAGAUCGAGGUGGAGAUGGCCCGCAUCCAGCGCCUGCGGGAGGUCCUGGUGCGCAGAGAGUCCGAGCUCCGCUUCAUGAUGGACGACAUUCAGCUCUGCAAAGACAUCAUGAGUUUGAAGAAGGAGCUGAGACAGAUCGUCGCAGUACCAGAGAAAGAGAAAACCAAAAAGCAGCGUCAGCGAGAAGAGGAGUUGAUCCUGAAGAUCCACAAGCUGGUGCAGAAGAGGGACUUCCUGGUGGACGAUGCAGAGGUGGAGAGACUGAGGGAGCAGGAGGAGGACAAAGAGAUGGCUGAGUUCCUCCAGCUGAAGCUCAGGCCUCUGGAGCAGAAGCUCAAAGUCACACAGAAUCCCCAAAAGGCCAAGAGACAGAUCCCAGAGCCUCCUCCCAACAAACCCUCCAUCAUCAAGUCAGUGGCCGUCAUCAAGGACUGCUGCGGUGCCACCCAGUGUGCUGUGAUGUAACCAGUGCCCAGACACUCACGUGACAUGACCCGAUCGCCCCCACUUCAAUCAACCACCUCAGAAGUUCAGCACAGGCGGAGUCAGUAGUACUUUACUCCAGCACAAAGAUGAAGCAGUGUCACUCCAGGAGAAGGCAUCUUCUGACAUUUUACCCUGAAAGCAUCUUUUUAUUUAUAUCAAUAAGAGAAGAUGCUGGUUGAGGUAAAACUUAAUAUUUUAACAGGAACACAGAGUUGAUAUGUUAAACCAUCAUUAAGAAGGCGGUUCACAAAUUAUGGCAAGAAUGUUGCUCAUUCCAGUCUGAGCAGGUCCAGGCAAACCCGGUAGGCUAUAAAAGAAGGGAAGCAAACCAACAACUUUAACAAGAUAAAGAAAAGAAACACAGAGUAAAAUAUAAACAAUAAAACGUAGAAAAAAAAAGAAAGGCACAAGAAACAAUGAGUGCAGACUUUCAGCCAAUCAUCUGUGAGGGAGGAAAGAUCUUCACGAGGCAGAAAACAAGGGUUAAAAUAUCUAUAUAAAAAGUCACACUUUUGAUCCAAUUUAACAAAAAUAGAAUCAUUUUUACCAAUUCCUUUAUGUUUUUCCUUCCUUUCAGAUGAAUCUGAACCUUUUCCAUCCGACUUCAAAAGGUUACCAUAGUCUAUAAACAAACAGGAAAAGGAUCCAAACUGAAAAAAAAAGCAGCUGAAUCUUCAUUCUUUAGGAGUUUUGCUGCAUAUUAAUGUAUGGAGAGCUGAGGUUAAGUAUGAUUUGAUGUUGGUACAGAUAUUCUGCUUUCCUGAAGUUGAACUCAUUUCGGAUGUUUCAGAAGAACAAGCAAGCCAAAAGUCCACACGUCUGAGAGAGAAAUCCCGGGAAAAAGACACUUGGAGGGUAACCAAACCCUAACUCAAGUUUUUUUGUCUGUUGACCUCUAUAAAUGGAGCUUUAAAAGUGCUGUCUGUUGGUCAUUGCCAUUUUUUUGACAAAUGAAAAACAAACUUGUUUCAUUCUUGAAAAUAUAGUCAAAAGCCAUCUGUGUGCUGCCCCCUACAGGUUGAAACAAGGUAUUACAGUUGAAUUUCAUACCAUUUCAUGCCCACAUCAUUUCAGAAGUUCCAGUCAUGAUCACAGUCCCGUUCCCCAGCCCCACCCCUCUGACUGGAUCUUCAAAUUUCGGCUGUGGGUGGAGUCAGCCUCGAACUUUCCUGUUUGGUUUACCCUUUAAAUUGCAGAAGAAGUUAUCCUUAAAACUCAUUCCAUCGAGUACCUGAUGUAAAUGUUUAUGGAGUUGAGCUCAGACCAGACUAAACAUCAGGUUUUAAAUCCUGAUAUACAAAAAGGGAAUGGGAAUCCAUACAACACAUCAGGAACAUGUUGAUCAUUCCAGUUCAAAUGAACCCUGAUUAGCUUUUUAUAAAAAAGAGGGGCGUGGGGUAAUUGACAGCGAGUCCCGUUUUCAUUCAGCAGCCCCUUUCCUCUAUCCCAGUAAACAUUUUAUUGCCUGUAAAUACCAACACAGCAGCCGUCCGUCAUCCUGAGGCUCCUCCCCCUUCAGCUCGCUGCAGAUGGAGAGUGGCGAUGUGAUGUCAUCCAUCAAUAUAUAAGCAUAUGAAUAUUCUCUGAAUUAAGCCUGUUUUUAUGACUAAGCCUGCAUGGACGCCGUGUGUUUGCGUCGCGGCCCAACAGGCCGUCGCUCUUCGUCCCGUUUCCUUCACGUACUGUAGUUGUAGUGAAUUUUUAGAGGUCUUGAUGAAGAGUGUUGAACAAGUAUGCAUAAGCUGACACUACUGUACAUAAAGUGUAUGUUUAAGUAAAUAAAGGCACAUUUUUCUGGA